AUGAGCGCAAUGACAGUGAACUCAGGCUACUCUACGGAGGCCCAUGCUACCCCAAUUGAACACAGAUUCAACCCAUACUCAGACAAUGGUGGUACUAUUUUGGGGAUCGCUGGUGAAGAUUUCGCAGUUUUAGCUGGUGAUACAAGACAUACAGUAGGUUAUUCCAUUAAUUCUCGUUAUGAACCAAAAGUGUUUGAUGCAGGUGAUAGUAUUGUGAUAUCUGCCAAUGGAUUUUCUGCUGAUGGGAAUGCAUUGGUGAGUAGAUUCAAAAAUCAUAUCAAAUGGUAUCAUUUCAACAACAAUAAGAAAUUCUCUCUAAGUUCUGCUGCUAGAUUUAUACAACACAUGUUAUAUGGUAAAAGAUUCUUUCCAUACUAUGUCCACACAAUUGUUGCUGGUUUAGAUGAAGAAGGUAAAGGUGCUGUUUAUUCUUUUGACCCUGUUGGUUCAUAUGAAAGAGAACAGUGUAGAGCAGGUGGUGCAGCUGCAAGUUUAAUUAUGCCUUUCUUGGAUAACCAAGUUAAUUUCAAAAAUCAAUAUGAACCAGACUCACAUGGUACAAAGAAGAAGGAGUUGAAGUACUUGAAACUAGAAGAAGUCAUUCAAUUGGUGAGAGAUGCUUUCAGUUCUGCUACAGAAAGACAUAUCCAUGUUGGUGAUGGUUUAGAAAUAUUGAUUGUGACAAAAGAUGGUGUUAGAACAGAAUACUUUGACUUGAAAAGAGAUUAG